UACUUUAUUUAAUUUUGUGUUUGGGUUAUCGUAAAAUGAAUGAGUAUACACAUCAGCUGCAGAAUUCAACAGAGAACGAUCCCUCCAACGACAUCUUAGCCAGUGAUGCAUCAACACGUGGAUCCAUGGGAAUCGGCAACCAACAUGAAGGACCUGGGAAUAUCUCCAAUUUUGAGCAAAUGAAAUCUGCAAUAUCAGUUACCAAGGUUCAUAGUCCUGUGAAUGGAUCAAGUGAAGUGGCUAAAGUCCCCCUUGGCACAGGUUUUGAGAAAUCUGCAGCUCCUCUAGCAGAAGGUUUUAUUCGAAAUGGGACUUCUGAUCUUGUGGAAGCCAUUGAUGCUGAUAGAGAUUCUGGACAACUUAUAAGGAGUGGCAGCCCAAUAAAGCUACUUCAAGAUUAUGCUUCUGAUGAUACUUCAGGUAAUGAAGAUGAAAUAUCAGCAGGAGCUGGCAGUGGUGUUUCAAUUGCGCAUAAAGAUUCCAGGAGUCGCUUAGAGACUGAUAUUGGAUCCAAGAGUCCCUCCGGUACACAAAAGGGGUUUGGACAGCUCUCUGAAACAACUCUGGAUAAUUUAGUACAAACAUCUAAGGAACCCAUUGAAGAUUACCAUGAAAAUCAGGUGUCUGUUGCUGCUUCCUAUGAAACCAUCGCAGUGAAAGAUAAGUUAGGUAGUAAAAGUAACAAUGCUGACUUGAAGGUAGAUAAAUUUGGAAGGCAUCCCAAAGAAGCUCCUACAGAUAGUGACUCCGAGUCUGAUGAUUCUCACUAUCGUCAGACUAAGAGGGGAAGCAAAAGAGGCAGAGGGAGGAGUCACAGCAGAUCUCCUGAACACAGAAGUCGGAGUAGGAGUAGGAGGAGGAGAAAGAGUCCCCGGAGGAGAAGGGAUAGAAGAAGCCGAUCUCGAAGCCGGUCUCCACGAUAUCGUAGAAGCAGGAGUAGGUCUCCAAUCUUAAGACGUACAGGGGACUUUGGUGGUGAGAAUGUGAAAAGGGACAGGGGCCAAUGCUUUGGCUUCGUUCGGGGGAAGUGCCAUCGUGGAGCAUCUUGUAGGUUCUCUCACCAUGAAUCUGACAAGAAUGUUAGUUUGAGGCGCCAUAGGAAUAAAUAUGACCAAGAAGUCCAUUCUCAUGCAAAACAUGUUAGUGAUGGUAUAAGAAGUCAGGGUGUGGAUCAAAAGCAGGAGACAAAUGAAAAAGAAAAUUCUGUUAGGUAUGCAAAUCUGCCUAAUACUUCUGGUAUUGACAGUCAAUCAGUAAGGAAUGAUCCAAUUAAAUCUGAAAGUUUCAGAGAGACUGUUCUUGAAAUGAAGGAAAGUUUGGUUGGUUUUCUUCCUGAAGUUUUAAGUGGUGAUGAUGCCUCUAAACCAUGUGAUGGCACAAAUGAAGAUGGUGUUCAUGCAGAAGAUAAUUCAUUUGUUCACAAGAUACAACCCAAUGUUCCUGUUGGAAUUACAGAGCAUCCUAGUUACUCAUCUAGUAUCCAAACUUUACCAUAUAUGUUACCACCAACUCAGCCAUUGUCUGCCCCUGGCUCUGUUGGUCCAUCACCUUCAUCAAGACGGCCUUUAUUACAUAGUAGUUCCUCGGUGGAAUUACCACCUCAUGCUUACCAGUUGCCUCCCCCACCUGUUGUUUCACAUGCACAGGGUGAGAAUGCUGUGAAUUUGCCACAAAUUUCAAGGGACUAUGGUGUAACACAAAAAAAUACAUUAUUCCCUUUUCAGCCCACUACUAGAGAUAAAUUUGAACCUUCCCCAGCUCUGAUUCACAUGCAGAGUCCUCACUUCAGUGUACCACUACCACCUAAUUACCCUUGGACAUCAUUGCCGCUACCACCACCUCCUCCUCUCCCUUCACAAGUUGCACAUAAUCCCAGUAUAAGUUCCGGAGUUUCAACAUCAUAUGUCUCUUCAGAAUUUAAUCAAACUCAAUUGCAUUCAAGAGGGGACUUUGUUUCUCUGACUUCUGGUAAGCCUGGAUUGCCUUCUCAUUCUCAGAGUUCUGAGUUUCAGGAUCAUGCCUACCCAGCAAAUCAAUUGCUUUCAGGUCCAAAUGUUAGUGGAGAAGACCAUUAUAAGCAAUUACCCAUGCAAGAUUCAAACCUUUCAAGCUCUGGUGGUUCACAUCGUCUACAAAACCAAUAUUCCUGGCAGUCAGAUGCUAUCAGAAUACAGCCUUCUGUUGGUGCGAAUUUACCUCCAGAAGAUCAUUUCAAGACAUCUUCCCACACACUUGCAUCAUCACAGAAGCAACAACCAGUGCAUAGUUUUCAAUAUUCUGCAUCUGAGGGUAAUUUGGGUGUGCCUGGAGAAACUGUUACCUUAUCUAGAUAUCCACCGGAUGUUCUCGAUAGCAAUCAUUCAACUUCUCUUCCAACUUUUGUGGGGUCAGGAAUUCCUGCUCACUGUAAUCCUUAUGCUUCAACCUUUGAGCAGCCGCUUACUUCCAAACUCAGUUCAACUAUUUUUAGACAAGAAAGUGAUGUAAUCCAUGGAGACAAUAAUUCUGGGUUGAACCCUAUUUCUAUAAAUAGGGAAGGCGCCGUUGGUGUUGAACCAAAGUCUUCUAGAGCUAAUCAGUAUGAUCCUCUGUUUGACAGCAUUGAACCACCAUUGUCUUCUCUCAAGAAAUUUGAUUUUGAAAAACAGGAAGUUACAGGUGAAUCCAAUGUCAGCCUAAGGCCCAAAAGUUCUAAUAUGCCGUUGGAUGCGGAAGAGCAAAAUAAGCAUGAGGAGGUUGGAGCUGUUGCCUCUACCACUUCUCAAAAUAAUGAUGAAUAUGGUGAGACUGCAGAUGCAGAGGUGGAUGAUGUUGAAAAUGAGAGCCUAAGUAAUCAUGUGGAUGUUGCAAACAUGACUCCAGGGGAGGUCGAGAUUAAUCAGACUAAGUCUCCAGGGAAGAGAAAGAAGAGCAAGGAUUCUAGAUCAAUGAAGUUGUUCAAAGUUUCCAUUGCAAAUUUUGUUAAGGAGGUUUUGAAACCGUCAUGGCGGCAGGGAAAUAUGAGUAAAGUUGCAUUCAAAACAAUUGUGAAAAAAACUGUUGACAAGGUGUCAGGAGCCAUGAAAGGCCAUCGUAUGCCCAAGUCCCAAGCAAAGAUAAGCCAAUACAUUGACUCAUCACAGCGAAAGUUGACUAAACUUGUGAUGGGUUAUGUUGACAAGUAUGUCAAGUCAUAAAGGACGGCGGCGGUGGUGUAUGGUUCCGGUGUCAAUAGGUGUGACAUCAUCCCCCUGCAGUGCAAGGCAUGCUGGAUCACGUGACGGUGGUUGAUCAGCAUUCCAUUCCUGAUAGGGUUCUUGUUUCUGUCUAAUAUGUAUGUAUGUAUUGUAUUUCCCUUUUUGAUUCUUGAGGUUAGUUAUAUUUUCUAGUUUCCCUUCCAUGUUGAUAAUAUUUCUCAUGAGUAGAGUCAAUCUAUUAAUAUUUGCUAAAUUGGCCGUUUA